GUCGGUUCACGCACAGCACCACCACCCCCCUUCACUCCUUUUGUCUUUACCAGCGGACCUCUCGUUUGGUGGACGGGCCCGGCUGCCAUUGAACACCUCUUUUGUUUUGUCUCGUCCCAAGAGUCGCUCUUUUGCUCUUUGCAUCUCCACGUCCUUGGACACCUACCCGUCCCUCUCCGGCGUCGCGGUUCAUGCAGCACGCGCGCUCCAGACCAUCCGCCGCAAUUUGCGUAGCAUAACAAACCACGCUCCACCUGCAAAAGCCUUCUCCAGGACGAGAGCUGACCUCGACGACGUGCACAAGACUUCUGCCUGGAGUCAGACCCCCUCCGCAGCCAACUCCACUCGUUCCUUCGCCGUCUCCUUUUCAUGCAGACUUGUUGAAGCCGGAACACCCCCUCGCUUACCAAGAAGCGGGAGGCAGCAUAUCAAUUGUGCAAGAAGAGAUGGAAACACCGGAGCUCAAAGCCCAACCUGACGAUGCUGAGUCCACCCAGUCCACCCCAAGACGAAGAGUUGGUAGCGCUUCUGCUGCAACUGACUCGCUUGUAACAAUUCCCCUGUCCGACUCAAGUCAAAGUCGACCACCUACCGUCAAUGUCGAGGGCGACCAACUUCUCUCUAAACCACCCAGAGACUCGUUGAGCCCGACAGAUGACUGCAGGUCAUCUCGAAGCUCAGAGAGGAGCGUUGAUGGGCGUCGAAGCACAAGGUCAUCGUCGCACCCUCUCACCCUGGCCGAGGAGAUCGCUAAUAGCCCCGAACGAAAGCUGUCGAUGUUGGUGGAGGGCAAAAGGAAGCGAAGCAGUAGCUCGGCAUCGGAGAGUAGCCUUCAGGUUGAUUGGGAGCAGCUGGACAAGACGGAGGCUAGGGAAGAAGAGCAAGCUGAGGACGACCAGCAAACUGCAUUGCUUCUUGCGCGUUUGGAACAGGAGAACAAUGCCUUGGCCGUCAACCCAAAAGCCGCCCGGGCACGUGUCGACACGCAGUCGAGGCCUCCUUCGGUGCAUCAGCUUAAGAAGAUGGUGCAAGAGCAGGGCGCUCGGUCCGUCAGGUUCUCCUUGGUUCCCGCCGUGGCUCCAAUGACUGAACUGGAAUUCUGGGCGGCACUCGUUCGCGACUAUGCGGGAACUGCCCAGCGCCUGCCACUCAUCACAUCGAGCAAGAUUCGAGGCGGCAUCCCGCCACCCCUCAGAGGAGUUGUAUGGGUGAGCAUGGCAGCAGCUCGGAACACGGUCGUCGAGGAGCAGUUUGAUCGGCUGUGCUUGGAGUCGACCCCUCACGAAAAUACCAUAGCAAAAGAUAUAGGCCGCAGUUUUCCUGGUGUUGAUAUGUUCAAGGAUCCCAACGGCGAUGGCCAGCGGAUGCUAGGAACAGUUCUAAGAUGCUUCAGCCUGUAUGAUGACAAGAUUGGGUACUGUCAGGGCUUGGGUUUCCUCGUCGGCCCUUUGCUCAUGAAUAUGGGCGACAAGCAGGCAUUCUGCGUCUUGGUCCGGCUGAUGGAAGAUUAUGAUCUACGAUCAUGUUUCUUGCCAGAUCUCUCCGGACUGCAUCUCCGCAUCUUCCAGUUCAAGAAGCUCCUAGCACAACACGUGCCCGCGGUUGCGCAGCAUCUGGACGAUCUUGGCGUCGAAGGGACCGCGUACUCCCAGUGGUUCUUGUCCUUCUUCGCCGUGACAUGCCCCCUGGCCCUCCUGUUCCGCAUUUACGAUGUUAUCUUUGCAGAGGGCGCGUCCGAGACGAUCAUGCGUGUCGCCCUCGCCGUUAUCCGCAAGAACGAGAAGAAACUGCUUGCGUUCACCGAACUUGAAGACGCGAUGCGUCUCUUGCUGUCGCGACAACUUUGGGACCCAUACGGCCUGGGUCCCACAUCCGGCGAUGAUCUUGUCAACGACUUCUGUGACUUCACGGCAGACGUCACGCGAGAUAGCCUGCAAGCCAUCGAAGCCGAAUUCAGACGAGCUGAGAGCGGCGAGACCAGCGGCCGCGGCUUCUUCCCAGACGUCCAAAGUGCUGCAUCUCGUUUCUUGGGUCGGCUGUGGGCACCUUCGCACACGCAUACGCCGUCCAAAGCUAACAUUCUGACUUCUACUCUCGCCGCCCCCACACCGUCGCGACCUGCUAGUGGCUUGCACAGAACACCUUCGAAGCAAAGCCUAGCUACACUGGGAUCCAACGACGGCGGUUCAGACAGCUCGUCGUCGCAGUCCGUUUCCACCGCCAUGACUGAGCUUUCUAGGGAUUCGUCUGCGGACUUCGCCUCAAUGAAGUCCAUAAAGUCGCCCGAUUCUUCGACCGGUUCACGAUCGACCAUGGCGAGCCAAAAGGAUAAGGAUCUCCAUAACCAGAUCGAAGAUCUUCUGAUGGCGUGUACGGAGCUGCAGAGGGAGCAGAACCUUCUCACGGCACAAUUGCAAAAAGAAAAGGAGGAUAGACAGGAAGAUCAUGCCGUUUUUCGAUCGCUGGUCGACUACUUGAAGGACAAUUUCACCGAAGACGAAGAGCCCUCACCAGUAGAGCCAGAAACUCCUCUAGAAGAGGAUCCCAUACGGGAUAUGAUGAGUGAGGUGACAAGGCUUGUCAGCCAGGUGGAGACGCGCAUCCAGCCAAAUAAUAGGCGCUCAUCGGGCUACGAAACGAAAGCGUCGCUUCGGGCUUCCAUGGCUGCUCUGAGAGAUCAAUUACAGAAUGAGAGCUUGCGCUCGCAAGAACUGGCGCGCGAGAUUCAAGCCAAGGACGAGGAGAUAGCACGGAUGAAGGACGAUUUGCAAAAGGCGCGUAUGAGGAUUCAGUCUGGCUACAGUGAGAAGCAGCGGCUGGAGAAGACCAUCUCGGAGCUCCGACAGGCGGCACGGUCAGGCCGCUCGAGGUCAGGCUCGCAACCUGGCGUGCAACCGAGCUCCGACAUAAGCACGCCGCCGAGCAGGUCGGAUACCGGCGCGUCUGAUGUGUCAGUAAGUAGCACCGGUUUGCGAGAGUUUAAACUCGCACAGUCGCUGUCAAACAGGUCGUCAAGCCAAGUUGCAUCCUCUCCGCCGACCUAUUCCAAGCGCGUAUCAAGUUUGAGUACGCAGGCCGUUCUUUCGACAGCAGACCACGCACCUCCCGACCAGGACACGCUUCUGCUGGAACUCGUCAAUGCGAAGACGGCCGAGGCGGUCGCCAAGCAGGAACUCGAGGAGCUCAAGGCACGCUUUGAGGCCAUGCGCAAGAUGCUGAAUGUCACCCCGCCCAUACCGCAACUCUCCGUUCCCGUGGCGAGUGCUACCACCGCAGCCGAGACGCCGCUAUCUAAGGUGUCUAGUCGCUCAAGCGAGUCGACGAGCAGCACACCAAAGAGUUCGACCCCUAUAUCGAUCACUAAGUCGCCGGACAGCUCGACUGCUACCAGUGCGACACCGGGAGUAGCGGCGACGGCAGGCAGCUGGGGCGCCGCCGCUGGUGGGUUUUUUGGAUGGGGAAAGAGGAGCCUUAGUUCGGCGCAGGUGCCGACCAUCACGAAGAAGUAAAAAAAUGACUCUCAGUCAGGCCAAGCGGAUUAUCCAGACUGAUCAAGCGCUGAUCGGUCGAUCUGCAAAUCUAUUUACAUUUUCAAUCACGACCUACAUGCGUGUGGCGUUUGCAGCCUGCGUUUUUUGUUAACUUUUAAUUAAUACCCCGUAUGCGAGCAAUGGGAGGGUUUUGGCAUUCGAAGGGAAAUAUAGUCGUGUUUUUGGGUUGUCCAUAUUUGAGCGAUGCCUACAUACGGCACGACCUUGAAAGAGGCAGGCAGCGAGGAAGACGUAGACUGAGAAUGCCUUUGUAGAGCUCAAUGCCAAUUACUAGUGACGACCUUCCCGAGACAUAGGAAAGAAAAUACAUUACAUUCUGGAA